GAACUCCCGAAACCUCCGACUUCCUCUUCAGCACUUCAAUCUUCCACUUACAACGCUUCUCUUUCGCGAAGCACUCUGAGCAGCCUUGUGGAGGCCGCUUCUAUGAUGUCAUGCAGCCGUGAAGACCCCAACUCCAGACCCACCAGCCAAGCGCCAGCGGAAGAAGAGGCGUUGGGGUGGGAGGUGUCGAGGGAUCGCGAGGUUGCUACGAUAGAGAAAAUUGCUUGUGACCGCUGCCGCCAGAGAAAGACGAAAUGUGAUCGCGCAAAGCCGUGUAAGCAAUGUGUCAAGACAGGGGUACAAUGUUCGUACAAGUCAGGCCACAAGGCUAAAGAGAAGCGGCAACGGGUUCUUAUCUCGAGCGUAUACGAGAGGAGAUUGGAGCAUAUCUCGAACAAGAUCGACGAGCUCGGGGCGAUAAUUGGCCGGCUGAGUGAUGAGCAUCAGGGUAUUCCGACCAGAGUCCGAGUGCAGUCACCUUCGUCCCUCCAAGCCAGCAGUUUCGUAGCACAACACCAGCCCUUGACCCAAGUGGAAGGAAUCGAAUCCAAUCUAUUCGCACAUGUUACCUUCGCAACUGAAGCUCUCCAAACAGUUUUAAGGAGCGACCCAUACUUUAAUGAGGCGGCCGAAUUGACCUCGGCGCUGGAGACCCUGUGCACAAGGGUCAGUAUCCAGAAGCAGCAGAAUGAAGCCAUGGAAGCUUCACGGCCAUUUCCCAAUGUGCUCCCUCAUGGCCGUACCUUCAAGGAUUUGCCUAUCCCUUCACUAGGCAGAAUCAUGGCAUGCCUGAGGAUUGCUCAAGAAAGCUCACCGAGCCAGCUCUACUGGCCCUUUGAGUUUGGUUCCCUGGGUGACUUCACACAAUACGUGAUCAAGGCCUGCUCACCUGGUCCGAUAACUGACAUGGAGCUGAUUAUUGUUCAUUACGUUCUCUAUUGGCUCUUCACCCAAUGCUCGAUUGGGGCGGAAGACGAGGCUAUGAAGCAAGACUACGAGACUCAAGCAGGCAUCUGCCAGGGCAGUCUCGAAACAAUACUGUCGAAUAUUCCCUUCCACAUAGACACGAACGUUGACUCUAUUCGUGCCUUGUACAUGGCUACCACCCACUGCCUACACCAUGGAAAACCUCUUGCAGCAUGGACCUUUAUCUCCAGGGCCUCACUUAUGUGUCAAGCCCUCGGGUUCCAUAGUAGCCAUAGUUUAGCAACGGAACGACCAGAUGUUGUGCAACAUAAGAUGCGCUUAUUUUGGGUUGUAUACGUUCUCGAGAAAGCAGUGGCGCUACGCCUCGGUAGACCGUCGACUAUUCGAGAUCAGGACAUUACAGUUGCGAGGCUUGCCUUGGACCGGAAGAUGGCCUCCCUCGCGUAUAACUGGCUACCAGACUGGAUCGACGUUGCGGCACUCUACGGACGCUUAUACGACGACCUAUAUUGCCCGAAGGCGCUGGCGCAGCCAUAUUCCAUUCGAGCCGCACGUACUGUAGCACUGGCUUCUGAGUUUGAACGAAUGAUCACCGCGAGGUCUGAGUACUAUAAUCAGCCGAAUCAGUGGAGUAGCCAUAUGAUGAAUCCUAGCAUGUCUGGGUUUAUCGUACACGCCAACCGAGCCAUCGAGUACUCGACCUUGGCCUCGAUAUAUCGAGGCUUCCCGUCGGAGAGAUCAUCCAGCCUGUCACCAUGCCCGCAAUGCAUCACAGCCGCGCGAAUAUCCCUUAAAGAGACCACAGCCUGCAUUGCGAUUCUUCUGGACAGGCCCACAUGGCCUUUGAGUCUCGACUUGUGGGUGAAUGAGGUUCUCCUCUUAGCGUCCUUUAUGCCGUUUUUGAUUCUCAUCUGCAACAUCAUCGAGGCAAAAGAUGGGUUGGAUUUGGAUCCAUUGCGACAACUGAUUGACAGUCUGCGGCUUUUAGCACAGUAUCCGCGGUACUCCGGCUGCAAUAGGCAGCUGCGCAUUUUCGAGGCAUUGUAUAAUGUCGUCUCGAUGUAUAUCGAGGCGAAGGCGCGAACGCGACCGGAGGAACCGAUCGGCGCGCAUUUUACCCACCCGGAUACUGAGACUGAUCCGAACGAUACUAUAUGGCUUGAUCCUAUCUCGUUAACAGGCUCGUCGUUCCCGGCCCAAUUAUCGGACGGUCAUCCAGGGACGAACAUCCUGCCUCUACAAUCCCCAAUGCUCAAUGAUUUGAAUACGGAGAUCGAUCCUUCGACAUUCCAGCUGGAAAGCUGGAUUCAACAAACCUAUUAGACGCUGCAAAUGCAAAUACUCAUUCGUACUUUUACAAAUUACUUAUUACAUUAAAGCAGAUAUCGCUAGAAUACACCCAAAAAGAACCCUCAAUCUACCGAAGCCCUUUCGGCCAUAUUGGACCUCACUUCAACCGGCUGCCUCCAUCCAGCUCAUGCACCUCUGGCGUUGUGCUAUCCAGCUCCUGUAUUGGCUCCGGCUUCUGCGUCCCCCCAUACACGCCCAACCCAUGAUUUUGGCCCGAUGACCGCUGAUGGUCGGUCUCGGGAUUCGAGUACAUUUCGGAAAUGGGCCGUCCGCCUUCGGAGGGGAGAUUUGGCGAUAGCGAGGGGAGGCUGAUUCCGGCCGAGGAACCAGACAUGUAUUUGGAGUUUUUGCCUCCUCCUAUUGUUGUGCCGGCGGGGCUGGAGAAUUGCGAGUCUACAAGAAACAGAAUACUGAUUAGCAGAUAUCCUUCUAGAGGGCCGGGGAUUCAGGAGAAAGCCCUGAGGGGGAAUGGCUUACCUUGGUAUGGCGACCCGGGAUACGGCUGUUGGUAGCCAGCGUACUCGCCCGUGUACAUCCUCUGCUGCUCGCCCUCGACAACCGACGGGGUGCGCCCGUGCCCAGCAGCCUUGUUCUUCCUCCUCCGCAUAAAGAACCAGAUCAGCGCAACGACGAUAAUCAGCGCAGCGGCACCACCAACUGCGAUUCCCGCAAUCGCACCACCGGAUAGCCCGCCCCCGCCGCUCCCCUCAUCGCCAUCGCCCGCAUCCGCAUCCCGGAACAAAUCAUACUGGCCUGCAACCGACGAGCUCCACGCGGCCGGGAGAACAUCGUCGUCGGGACACCCAUCCGUCGUCCCACAAGGGUUACUCGCGCAGCAGCCCAGGAACCGCGGCUCAGUGAAGUUGCAGGUAAACCAGUCUGAGUUGUUCGUGCCGAUGCACAGGUUUGGUAAAAUGGAGUCGAAGACCGCGGGUUCGAAUGAGGCGGCGUAGACGUCGGGACACGGGGAGGUGCUGUUUGCGUCGACGUUGUGGCAGGGGUCGGAGGAGCAGCAGCCCACGAAGAAGGGCGCCUCGGGGCACACGUACCAGGUGCCCCCCUUGGGGCAGGUGAAGUUGCACGAGGACGAGGAGCCGGAGGCGCACUCUGCGUUGGAGUCGGACAUUAUGAUUAUAGUAAUAGCGUUGCGGAGUAUGAGUAGAUAUGUACUUGAAGAGGGGAAAUACAGAGAAGGAAAAAAGGGUUGCGAGGUUAACCGUCGUGUCGUCGCAAAAUCACAUCAACCUUCAAGCGACGCCUGUUCAAAAAGGACCAGGGCGCCCAACGUCGCGGGGGCCAUUUGGCAAUGGAUUUAAUAGUAGUCGCAGGCUCGACCGAGCCCUGUUGCCAGGCAAGCAGGGCAGGGCAGGGCUGGGGCUGUGAGCUUGGCCGGCAGUGCGCCGCAAGAACUCAGGUUGGUGCGCGGCAGGCCUGGGCCGAGAGCCAACAAGUUUGUGAUGG